AACCUGUUAUUAUGUAAUCGUAUAAAAGUCAAAAGGAUUGUUGUUAUUCACUAACUCCCCCGAAAGGCAAGAAGAAGGAGAGCGAGAAAUGGAGAGAAAACUUCACGACCAUACCCACAUUAUACUAAAAUAAAAUAAAAUUAUCCAUAAAUAGCCUAAUUAGCAUAUUCAUAUUCCUUUUGAUCAUUAACGAGAACACCACAACAACAACAACAACAACAACAAAAUGGGAGAUUCACAACAUUGCCGUUGUCUUCAUGGCUUUAUUUUGCUUGUUGUUAUGUUUCUUAUCUCUGUGUUUAGUUUAGCUUCAAAGAUGGACGUUUCUUCUCACGGUGACCAGAAACGUAGUCUCUCUAGCUCCAUUAAUUCCUCUCUUAGCGAGUCCGUGGAAUAUACAAUGUGCGCGAAUCAUAGGGAGGCUAAGGAUGGUAAACCAAUCGCAUUGGAUUUUGAUUGUGAAAGAGGAUAUGUUAUUUCUAAGAUCACUUACGCCGACUAUGGCCAAUCCACUGGUAGUUGUGGGAAAUUUAAACGCGGUAACUGCGGUGCAAGCAAUACCUUAAAUAUCGUCAAAAAGAAAUGUCUUAGGAAAGAGAAGUGUAAGUUGUUUGUUCCAGACAAGAUUUUUGGUCCGAGCCACUGCAAGGGAGCUCUAAGUCUCGUUAUUGACGCUACUUGUAGAAAAACUUAGUUUUUUCUUGUUUCCCACGUUAAAGGGAUUUUAUUUUUAAAUGAUUCGUAAUUUCGUAUCGCAUCUCUAUGUAAUAGCUUUUGUUUCCUACUUUAUUACACGUUUAUUUCAGAGUUUCAAUUUUUUUUUUCUGUUUCUAAUAUUAAUUUGAAUUUAGUCCAAGUCCUUUGUAACUUUUUUUUGAAAAAGUCCUAUGUAACUUAAUUAAUUACUCAA